AUGAAUAAAUUAGUUGAUAACGAAAUUUCACACGUGUUAAGCCCAAUACCAAGAGCUUGUGUCUUCAUCAACUCUAGCGAUCCCUUAUAUCCUAACCAAGUCAUAAACUGUGGUAACAAUCCGUGUUUUAAGCCUCCCUUUCCGCCGAUUAUCAAUCCAAGAGAUUUGGUGGCAAAACAACCAUCUGGUGGUCGUAUAUUGGCACGAGCUCCAAAUGCCUUCAUUAUUUAUAGGAAAUUGUGCGUUGAGACUGCUCGCUCGUAUGGUUAUUAUUUGCCGAUGACUGUUAUAUCUUCUAUGGCUUCACAAUCAUGGGAGGAAGAAUCUUCAGACGUAAAAGCGGAAUAUAAGCGUAUUGCACAAGAGGCAACUAGAUAUUAUAAAGAAUUGUACCCCAAAAUCGAACGACGUAAAAAACGAGAGAAAUGGAAUCUAGUUUCAUUUCAACCAAAACAACAAAAAUCACAUUCUUCAAAGACAAAUAACAAAAAAGCUACGGAACCAUUACUCAAAUUCAAGAAAUCCAAUCCAUCUAAAUCUUCUUUACCUGAUCAACAACAAAAUGCCACGAAUUCUUCUAUCAAUAAAUCGGUUUCUGCUGAAAUGUCGUCAGAUGAGAAACACGUUAGUUCUAAAGAUGAUAAAUCGAAUAAUAACGAAAUAAGUCCGGAUAAAAAAUCGGUAUAUCCAAGCCCAGAUCUUUCUCUUGAUGAUUACCUGAAUUCGCAAGAGAUUGAGCAAUUCCGCUCCAUAGAAGUAAUAACUCCGGAAGGAACAAUAAAUGCGAAUUCUCAUUUUAAUUUGGAAUAUCCAAGCCCAGAUUUAUCUUCCGGUGAUUAUUUCGAUUUUGGAAAUUUAGAUACUGCCGAAAUUUACGACGAAGAAAUUUCUAAAUGGAAUAAUAUUUCUCAAAUUGAAGUUGUAUCUGAGAAUACUUUUACUUCAAUUUAUCAAGAAGACAUCAAUAAGAAUGCAUUUAUUGUAACUGAAGGAACAGAUAGGAUAGAAAGUUCCGAUUAUAAUGCUUCAAAAGUUUUUAAUUUGUCUGAUAAUCUAAACAUUUCAUUUUCUGCAAUAAUGGGACCAGAUUCUUAUUUUUGA